ACAUCCAAUCCUUAUCCCUCUUGUUGCUUUACGUGUUCCCUUCAUUUAACCUAACCGACCUAAUAAUAAAAUUGUUCACAUUAUGUCACGGGUAUCCUUUUUCGUAAUUAACUCUAAAAUCCCUUAUAUUUUGGUAAUUUAACAUUUCCCUUUUUCUGUAUAUAAUCUCUGCCAAAGGGAACGUGCCUAUGCAUUAAGCGUUAGUUUUACGAGGAAGCUAAGGAUUUGUUUGGUGUUUUCUGUUUUUUGAAUUUCGAAUUUUCCGAAAAUCUGUGAGAAUGGCUGCUACUUCAUCUGAAGAAGGACAAGUUUUUGGUUGCCACAACGUUGAGGAGUGGGAUCAGCACUUCAAGAAGGGUGUCGAGACUAAGAAAUUGGUGGUGGUGGAUUUUACCGCAUCCUGGUGCGGUCCUUGCCGUUUUAUUGCCCCAAUUCUUGCUGACAUUGCUAAGAAGAUGCCCCAUGUCAUAUUCCUCAAGGUUGAUGUUGAUGAACUAAAGACUGUUGCAGAGGAAUGGAAUGUGGAUGCUAUGCCAACAUUUGUCUUCUUUAAAGAUGGCGAAGAAGUGGAUAGGGUUGUUGGUGCCCAGAAAGAGGAGUUGCAGGCGGCCAUACUUAAGCAUGUUGGUGCUCCUGCUACUGUGACAGCUUGAGCCAUAAUCAAGGAUAUGAUAUUCUGGUGUUUAGUAUUGUCCUUUUGUAAUAAGUCUGGAUGGCUGUGUGUUUUAUUAUCCACUAUCUCUCUCUUGUUUUUGUGAAACCUUUUGGUGCUUGAAUUCUGAUAUUUGUGCAGAUGGCCUUACUGGUGUAAGGUUAUAUGCUCAUUUCUAUGAAACUUAUCUUCUGAUUUCUA